AUCCUCGGUUGAAAACAGUAACGGGUUGAAUUGGCGUGACACAUAACGCAUGCCAAAACAAACAAAAACCAAGGAAAGUGUGAAGAGUCCCCUUCUCCCAAGCCACUCGCCAGUCACGCAGUCUGCUCAGCUGGAGGAAAAGAAUAUUGACUGCAGGCUAAUGAUUAACAUACACAACAAGGACAGAGUGUGAGAAGAAUUUAGGGAUCGGAGCUCAUGUAGAAUUUGGUUGCUGUUUCUUUGUUUGGUUUAUGACAGGUUGGAAUUAGCAGCCAUGUUUCUGAAAGUACAGUUGCCCUGGAAUGUCGUAAUCCCUGCUGAGAGCUUGGAUAUGAAGGGGUUGAUGCUCCAAAAGUCGAUUGUUGUCCGCCUGCUGGAGGACUUUGCAUCAAGAAAGGCAACCAAAGAUCUGGGCUACUAUCUCGCUCUCACAACUCUGGAGAGUGUAGGAGAGGGCAAAGUGAGGCAGCAGACUGGGGAUGUUCUGUUUCCAGUUGUUUUUAGCGCUGUUACCUUCAAGCUUUUCAGAGGAGAGAUCGCAGAGGGCGUAGUUCACAAAGUUCUGAAGCAUGGAGUUUUCCUGAGUUGCGGCCCAGUUGAAAACAUGUAUCUCUCGAAGAUGAAGAUGCCGGAUUAUGAUUAUGUGCCUGGGGAGAAUCCUGUAUUCAUGAACAGGAAGAUGUCAAAAAUUGAGAAAGGCACCACCGUACGCUUCAUUGUCAUUGGGACUAAGUGGCUUGAGGCACAAAGGGAAUUUCAGGCUUUGGUUGGCUUGCAUGCAGAUUAUCUAGGACCGGUUUCUUAGAUUUGUUUCCUUUGUAAGCAAAUUGGACAAGUGUUGUUCCUUUCUAAUCAUGAUUCAGAAAUGUACAACUUUUAGCACUGCUGGCUGCUGUUGCUGACCUUAUUGCUGUGUUAAUGUCCUUUUGUUUUUCUGUAUGCACUUUACAAAUCAUCAAUUUAGCUUUUUGCC